UUUCUUCUUCUUACUGCCGUUUGAACCCUGAAACAAACACAAGCUCCGCCUUGAACAAAUGAGGGGAUUCUUUUCGCCGUCAAACGUUUCCGGGAGACUUUUUCGUCGGUUAACGACAGAAAAAUGGGGCAACAGCAAUUCAAAGAUAAUUAUUCGCAGAACAGAAGAAAUUAAAGCUAUUUGAAAGCGAAGGACUCGAGUAUAACGACAUAAGAGCAUUGUUUUCGAAAAAAUGGAGUCAUUAGUGUUGAAAUGGGUACUCGUGUGUGUGAUCCUUUGGGUUCAAAUCCAACGAAAUAAUGGUUGCUUUGAAGAAGAGAGAUUAGCUCUCUUACAAUUUAAGGCAUCUCUUGAAUCUGCUAUAAAUGAAUCUGUUUAUGUGAUUGAUUCCAACUCUCUUCUCUCUUCACCGAUUGAUGAUUCCGACUCUCUUCUCCCUUCACCGAUUGAUGAUUCUGAGUCUCUUCUCCCUUCAUGGAUUGAUGAAGCAGAGAAUGAUUGUUGUGAAUGGGAGAGAGUCUCUUGCAAUUCCACUACAGGUCAUGUGAUUGGUCUCUCCCUCUACAAUACACGGGGAGAUUAUACUUGGAGCAACAUUUGGCAUUUCAACAUGUCCCUUUUCCAGCAUUUUAAGGAGCUUAGAACCCUAAAUUUAUCCUACAAUUAUAUCGGUGCUUUUAUUGACAAUGAAGAUGUGGAAAGAUUAUCGAGUUUGAAGAAACUACAGAUUUUAGACCUCAGCCAUAAUGAAUUUGACAGAAGCAUAUUAUCAUGGAUAGCUACUCUUACAUCAAUUAAGAUUUUAAAUCUGGGUGAAAAUUUCAUGGGAGGUUCCUUCCCUAGUCGAGAGCUAGCAAACUUGCAAAACUUGGAAAUAUUGGAUCUAAACAGUAAUAAAUUUAGUGGCACCCUUCCAAUGCAAGGUUUUAUAAACUUUAAAAGCUUGGAGAUUUUAGAUUUGAGCGUUAAUAAUUUGGAUGCUACCAUUCCUCCAUACAUGUGGGCACCUCCUUCUCUCCGAGCAUUAUCUUUAGCUUUCAAUGGUAACUUGCGUGGCUCCUUAUCAAGUCUGUGCAACUUGAAGAGACUUGAAGAAUUAUACCUGCAAAGGAAUAUGUUUGGAGGCAAUCUCCCUCUUUGUCUAUGCAAUUUGACAUCUAUUAGAUAUUUAGAUCUAUCCAACAACUCUUUCAGAGGGUAUAUUCCUUCAUCUUGGCUGUCUAAUCUCAAAUCCCUCAAGUACAUUAAUCUUGAACAGAAUCUGCUUGAAGGAUUCUUCUCUUUCAGCUCAUUUGCUAACCAUUCCAGCCUUGAGUUUGUCAACUUCAGUGACAACAAAAUUGAGGUUGAGACAAAAUAUCUUGGUUCGGUUCCACCAUUUCAAUUACAGUUUCUUGCCUUGAAAAAUUGUCAUCUCCCUCGUGUUCCUGAGUUUCUCUAUCAUCAGUUUAAGUUGAAAAUGAUUGACUUGUCCAGCAAUAGAAUACGAGAAAGGUUUCCAGUCUGGUUGCUUGAGAACAAUACAGAACUAGAUGAACUAAGACUUGGGAACAAUCAUUUCACUGAUCGAUUACAUCUGCCAUCUUAUUCCAGCUUCAAUAUUUCUAUUCUGGAUGUCUCAGACAAUCACUUGUAUGGACAACUUCAAAUUGGCGAAAAGAUGUUUCCCAACAUCUGGUUUCUCAAUUUAUCCAUAAAUGAUUUUCAAGGUGAUUUCCUCUUCUCACCUGAAGAGAACUGUAAACUGAGAAGCUUGGACUUGUCUUUUAACAGCUUCUCAGGUGAAAUACCAAAGAAAAUGAUAUCGAGUUGCAUUUCUUUGCAAUUACUAAAGCUAUCUCAUAAUAACUUCCAUGGCGAAAUAUUCACUGCUCGAUAUAACCUUACUGACUUACGUGAUUUAAGUAUUUUGUACUUGAAUGACAACAGUUUCAUGGGAAGUCUAUCAAGUGUCACCCAGUUUUCUAGCCUCCAAGCACUUGAUGUUAGUAACAACAACUUUGAUGGUGAGAUUCCACUCUAUAUAAACAACUCUACUAUUUAUGUAAACCUUUCUCAUAAUUUUUUCAACGGUGGAGUACCAUGUCAAAUUUUUUCAGCUACUUACAUAGACCUUUCCUAUAACAACUUUUCUGGAUCGUUACCUUCUUGUUCCAACCAGAGCCAAUACCAUUAUGGAGAAAGAGAAACGGGGUUUAUAAAUCUGCAAGGUAACAGCUUAACUGGAUCAAUACCAAAUGAUUUUGUGAACAUGUCAAGUCUAUUGACAUUAAACUUGAAAGAUAACAGCCUCUCAGGUAGUAUUUCAAAUAAAUUGGGAAUCUUUCCAAACUUACGAGCUCUUCUAUUGGGAGGUAACCAGUUAAAUGGUUCCAUUCCUAAUUGGCUGUGUGAACUAAAUGAGCUCAACAUAUUAGAUCUUUCAAGAAACUCUUUUUCUGGUUCCAUACCCGACUGUUUAUAUAAUGGUUCCUUUGGAAGGAAGCCAGGUGAUGGUGAUCUUUUUCAAACACAGUUAGAACUACUUGGCAUAGAAGGGCCGGCUUACCCUGAUGAAGGUGUCCUGCGCUCCCAUAGGUAUGGAGGAUUUCAAUACGAUAACAUCAUUGUCGACCCAAAAAUUGAAUUUGUUACAAAAUAUAUGGCUUACAAUUAUAAGGGUCACAUUACCAUGCUCAUGUCUGGAUUAGAUUUGUCGGAAAAUAAAUUAACAGGUGAGAUUCCAUUCGAGCUAGGGAAGCUAUCUGAGAUUCAUGCCUUGAACUUAUCCCAUAAUCAUUUAAUAGGAUCGAUUCCAACAGCAUUCUCAAAUCUUACAGCAUUAGAGAGCUUAGACUUGUCCUGCAAUAAUUUAAGGGGAGAGAUUCCUUAUAGGUUAAUAGAUAUAACCUCCCUAGCAGUAUUCAAUGUGUCUUUCAACAACUUAUCAGGCAGGAUUCCAGACGGAGCACAAUUCAAUACUUUCGACAAAAAAAGCUACGAGGGCAAUCCAUUUCUCUGCGGAACGCUGAUAGAGAAAAAGUGCAGUAACGAGCCACCGAAUCCAUCACCAACGCCACAUGCAGAACCAGAAAAUGAAAAAUGGUAUGAGAUCAACCAUUUGGUAUUUUUCGCAAGCUUCUCAGUAUCUUUUGCAAUUUUCUUUGUGGGAGUCAUCACUAUUCUUCUUGUCAAUCCUUAUUGGCGAGGAAGGUUGUUUUAUCACACUGAGCAAUUUGUAUUUUCAUUUUAUUACUCUGUGUAUGACACUUUCUCCAAAUUAUUAUUUGGUCAUCUGUUCCAUUAGUAAUACAUAGUGGUUGAUUUGUAGAUGGAUCAUCAAAUAUAUUUACUACAGUUGAAAUCUUAUAGCCAAAAUGUUACUUAUAA